CAACAACACUGAGCCAGGCUCAGCAGCAGAGAGACCAUGAGAACUGUCCGGGAGCUGCACACUCAGCCCAGUGCGGUGCCCCUGAAGCCACCCAUGCCUUGUGGGUAUGUGAAGGAAAGCUGGGUGUGGGAGGCGAAUGACCAGUCGCCAAUGGCGGAGCUGUCCCAGUGUCAGCGGGAGGUUUACUUUCAUACAGACCCAGCUUUGGAGAGCUGCGGUACCGCAGCAGUGAGAGGGGACACAGGAUUCAUACAAGGGGAGCAUUACUGGGAGAUACAGUUCCUUGAACCACCAUCUGGAAUUUCAGUCAUGGUUGGUGUUGGGACCAGCAGAGCAGCAUUGCAUGCUGGGAGCUACCAGUACAUCAAUUUGCUAGGUGUAGAUACAGAGAGCUGGGGCUUGUCCUAUCGUGGCAAAAUCUGGCAUGGCAGUGGCAGCAUACAGUACACCGACCCAUUCUACGAGGAGGGGACAGUUAUUGGCGUGCACUUGAAUAUGGAGGAAGGGACACUGACCUUUUAUAAGGACAGACAGAGUCUGGGUCUGGCCUUCACAGGACUACACAAGGUCCAGGCACCAUUAUAUCCUAUGGUUUCUUCCACCAGCCCUGGCACGGAGCUGGCACUGGGAUUAAGGUGUUGUAGUUUGCCCAGUCUGGAGGAACGAUGUCUCAGCACGCUGGCUCAUAGCCUGACCCGGAAGGACUCUGCGGAUAUGCUUCCUCUACCCGCUACUGUCAGGUGGAAGUUGAAAAGCUGGAAAAACUGGGAUGUCCCGGGGCAUGAGCUGUAACCGAAGAUGCAGCUGUCGCAGACUUUGUCAGUAACGCUGAAGCCAUGCCCAGAGGCCAGGCCAGGAUAACUGACCUGUGUUAUAUCCGUGUGAUACGAGUAGCAAGAAAACAGGUUAAUGUUCUGGACUAUUGCAGGACAGGUUCGUCCCUCUGCAACUUGCACACACAACUUGAAAUAUACCUCCUAAGCAGGAAACCUUUUCUUCUAUGUCAUUCACAUUUUACAAAACUUUUUUUUUUGGAACUAUCUCUGAUCUCCAUUUGAGUGGAGAACCAAGGGAACAAGCCAUAAGCUGGUGAAGGACCUGGGCUACUUUAUGGCGGAAAAAAAAAAACAGUGCUCAGGAACUUCCAGACAGAAAUGAAAGGGAAACUAUCGCCUAACCAGAGACUCUUAUUUUCUUCUUUGUACUUGUGAUUUUCUAUAUCAAGUGUGGACACGCAGAGCAUUUAAUUUCACACAACUGAGCCUAAUUGUCCGCCUUGUACAUAAAUAGAUGAAGGCCCACAUUUGUCGGUUGUGCUGCACUAACUUUUGUGGGAUUUAGGGUGAGAUGUUACCAGACCUUCUAAAGAUGACAAGUGGAUGUAUCCAUAGAUACCAGAUUCUAGAUAUCACUUCACUCAAUGUACUAGAUAAAAGGUAGCUAGAAUCUCAUUGGUUGCUAUGGGUGACAUCUCACCUUUAGCUUUAGGUUUGAUAAAUUAUCCUCUUAGUAUAACGUAACUUUAAAGUCCACACUGCUACCAUUCUAACACCUUCCAUCAUUCCUUUACACUGCUAAUGUUGCUUUGGUUUAGCCGCGGUCACAGAUGAGAGUAAGCAGACAGCUGGACUGUCUUCAGGCUCACUAGUGACAUGCUGUGAAAAGGCUUUCCCAUAUAAAUAGACUGACUAUACUAUCACUUUAAUCUGGGACACUCAUGAAUUACACAGGUUCUGUGUCUGGCUGGCUACAAGCCUGCAUUUCACCUGGUUUUAAUCAGCCACAGAACCUGUGUAAUCUAUGAGUGUCCCAGUUUGAAGGGAUAGUAUGGUAAGCCUACAUAUAAGUAUACCUGGAUCAUACCUCCCAACAUGUGGACUCCUCAAAGAGGGACACUUCUUGUGCAGCAAAGCCACGCCCAACUGAAAAGGAGUGUGGCUUAAAGAAAGGGUGAGUGGCUGCAUGGGCAUGCCGUCAUCGCAAGCCACGCCUCCAAUUUUUGUAGCUGGGGGGGCAUGGCAAGCGCUCUGUGAGUUGCUGGCAUGCCCCCAGUCUCCGUCUCAUGUGAAUAAAUGCUGUGCGCAUGCACACAGCAUCUAUUCACCACUGCUCUGCUAAGCAGGGCAGCGAGUACAGGAGCCUCUCAACUGCAGUGCUGCUCCAUGCAUCCCAGAGGCUCCAAGCAUGCACCUUGCAGUGUGUAGAGCCGCCCGAAGCGUGCACACUUCCUCUACAGUCCACCCCGCCCCCUCACGUGACAUCACAGAUUGGGGAGGGGAGGCUUCUGGGAGCAUUGCAACAUAUUAAUUGUACAUUUAUUUCAUAGCAUUAGUACUACUCUGGCUGCAUGUAUUCAUAUUAAAUGUGACUUUUAUAAGAA